UCAAGGGCCUUCAGCUGAUGCUCAAGGAAGCCUGUAUCUGGAUGCGGGAGGUCGUACUGAUUCGGAUUACCACGUCAGAGAGGCGAAGUGCUCCCUCCCAACACGCCACACCCAUUCAGUGCUUAUAAGAAGAGGAAAGGCUGAUAGGCCAUCCCGAUUGUUCUCAUCCCUUUUCCAGAAUCACACCAUGCCAAACUACAAACUCAUUUAUUUUAAUAUGAGGGGGAGAGCUGAAAUUAUUCGUUACAUAUUUGCAUAUUUGGAUAUAAAGUAUGAAGAUCACAGAAUAGAACAAUCUGACUGGCCUGAAAUCAAACCAACGCUUCCAUUUGGCAAAAUCCCCAUUUUGGAAGUCAAUGGAUUUAACCUUCACCAGAGCCUAGCAAUAGCAAGAUACUUGACCAAAGGCACAGAUUUGGCUGGAAAAACAGAACUGGAACAAUGUCAAGUUGAUGCGAUUGUGGACACAUUGGAUGAUUUCAUGUCACGUUUUCCCUGGGCAGAGAAAAAGCAAGAUAUAAAAGAUCAGAUGUUUAAUGAGCUACUUACAUAUGAUGCACCUUAUCUUCUCCGAGAUUUGGACACAUACUUAGGGGAAAAAGAGUGGUUUGUUGGUAACUCUGUAACUUGGGCAGAUUUCUACUGGGAAAUUUGCAGUACCACACUUUUGGUCUUUAAACCUGACUUACUGGACAUCCUACCCAGGCUGGUGACAUUGCGGAAGAAGGUCCAAGCCAUUCCUGCAAUCGCUGACUGGAUGCAACGAAGGCCCCAAACCAAACUCUAGGGGUACCUGCUGCCCCCAGACUUUGCUGUGCUUCACAGUGUCACUCCCAUCAGAUAAGAGGUUAAUCAGCCUGCCAUUAUCCACACACUCCCUUCCCCAGGUCCACCAAGGCUUUUACUUUUGCUAUAUUCUGCCUUAAAAAAAAAUAAAGGAAGGGGAAAAAGGG